AUGGAGACUGGAGAGAGGACGCCUACACCGAAACAGCUGCUUCGAGUGGGCUUCUCGCUGGCUGGUAGCUCUCUGUUCCUAGCAGAUGGAUGCGACAGCUUUUGCUUCGAUUCCGAAGGCCUGUUCAUCCAUGAAAAAUUGCGGAAGAAGGUCGGUCCUAAAUUCCGAGACGCAGUCGUGGCGGUCCUCCUGAACCUGGACCAGUCGAGCCCCAACAAGAACACCGUCAGCCUUUUUUUGAACGGCGUCCGACAGUCUCCUCCCCAGCCCAUACCGGAGCACCUGUGCGGCAAGCCGCUCUAUCCCACUCUCUCAUUCAAGAAUGUGUCCGUGGACGUGAACUUGGGCCCCUCUCCACGCAAGGCCCUGCCGUUUCACUGCCACAUGCUGGCAGGCGCGGCGGCAGCUGACGUGGAGGCAUCUCCUUGCAAAGCGUUGGCCAAGAAGCCCGAGGUGAUUCUGCCAGUGGGCCUACCCUCUCAGGGCUUCUUUGAUUGGGUGGACGAGUUCGUUGAAAAGAACCCGGGCUAUGUGGAGCUGAGUGAUCGAAAGAUCCUGGAGUGGGCACAGAAAAGUGGCCUGUGGAAGCCAAAGGGGGGUGGGUCCCUGGACAAGCCCGAAGGCAACUUCGGUGUCCCGGCACUGGAUGACGGGAGCGUGCGUCGAGUUCUAGCCAACAUCUCGCCCGCCCUGAACCGCAGUUACAUCAUCGGUGAACUGAAAGGCAACUUGGUCGCGGCCGACCGACAGGCUACCUUGGGCAGGUUCAAUCCCCAGGACUUCUCUCGAAAGUCCGUGGUGGUCAUGGGAGAACCGACACAGGAGUACAAGAGCAGGGUGCAGAGUCUCAUCUUGGCAGAGAAGAAACAGAAGGCCGAGCAGGAGCAGAAGCGCAAGGCCCAGGCAGAGGAGCGGAAGCGGAUGCUGGAGCUGAAGCGCAAGAAGGCGGAGGAGGCAAAGAAGGCCAAGGAGGCAGCUCAGAAAAAGAAGGAGGGCAAGGAGGAAAACGGAGACGCAAAGGAGGAGGCAGAGGAGACCGCUGAGGAUGUGAAGAUGGAGGAGCCUGUCCAAGUGGAACUCACAGAGGAGGAGAAGGCCUUGUCCUACCGGACCUCUACGACGCCAGACAUCUCGGAACGUGAGUUGACCAAGUCUUUCGCGAAGUUCAGCCUUCCGAGCAAAGAGGAGGGCUUCGAGGCCAUCAGCUUCGCAUGGCAGGCUGAGGCUGACUGCGCGGCCUUGCUCAAGAAGUGGAUCCUUCAGAAGAAGCUGACGCAGCGAGCCGAGGACUUGCAGCCUGGUGCCGGCUUCAAGGAGACAUGGACGAAGUGGCAGAAAACGAUCCAGGAGUGGAGGAGGCGGCAGGCCGACUACAAGGAGCCGUCGAAGCGCAAAGCCCUCGCCGCCAAGAAGGUGGAGACAGCCAAGAAGGCCAUGGAGGAGGAGAAGAAGAAACUGAUGGAAGCAGGGGACGAAGAUGCAGCCAAGGCUCUGGAAGAGAAGUUUGCGCAAGAUUCCGCUCCGGUGGAAGUGAACUUCGAUGACCUCGAUGUCUUUGCUGUCGAGGAUGUGAUGGACCUUGGCAACACCAUGCCCUUGUUCGCACAGUUCUUGUACGAGGAUUGGGCCCUUCUGAAUCUGAGAGCAGAGCUCCACCUCCUGCUGCACAACUUCAAGAAGGACUUGGACGAUGCAGACAGGCCGAGCUUCGUGGAAGCCCAUCUGGGAUACUACUACCAGAAGUACUUCAAGAAGAGCUGGAACUUCAAUCAGUACGGCCUCGCGAAGUUUGCAGACCUUUUGGAUAUCCUGAAGGAUGCUAUCUCCGUGGAUAGCACUUCAAACUUCCUCCAGGCUGUGCAAACCGAGGAUGUCACGCUCGAGACCUUCCUGAAGUAUACCGAGGACCACAGGCGAGAGCGGGAGCGCCGUGUCGACGCCGGCGACGAGACCGCGAAGCUAAAGUUCUCGAGGCCG